CUGACCAUUCAACAGAAGCCCCAAAUUGAUAGUUUACUCCUCUAUCUUUCACCUCUGCUUUCACAGCCGACAAUUCUAUCUGUCCACUACUCUGCAUGGCUUUCAAAGUAGCCAUCGUCGGCGCCGGCCCCGCCGGAUGCCUGCUCGCUCGCCUGCUCCUCAACCAGCCCAAAUUCACGGUGACGAUCUUCGAGGCGGAGCCCUCGAUCAACUACCGUGCACAGGGUGGGUCGCUAGAUCUGCAUGAGAAUGGCGGGCUCGCCGCCCUCAAGGCCGCGGGCCUGUACGAGGAAUUCCUGAAGCACGCGCGCUUCGACGGAGAGGCACUCCUGGUGUGCGAUAAGCAGCUCAAACCCUAUAUUCAACUCAGCCCUACCACCAAAGAACACAGUCGUGGGCGGCCGGAGAUCGACCGGUCUGCUCUCCGGCGCAUGCUGGUCGAGUCCCUGCCGCCCGGGACGAUAGAAUGGAAGCGUCCAUUGCGUCGCGUGGUUACCGCCGACACAGCAGAGCCCAGACAGGGCUACACCCUUGAAUUCGCCGACGGGACGACCGCAUCCGGGUUCGAUCUCAUCGUCGGCGCCGACGGCGCGUGGAGCAAAGUGCGUGCGGCGCUCUCCGACACCGUGCCCCGGUACGCCGGCAUCGGCGGGUUCGCGCUCCAGAUCCCAGAUGCCGCACGCACCGCGCCAGCAUGUGCGGCGCGCCUCAAGGGCGGGGCGAUCUUUGCGUACUCGACGGGCUGCAUGCUGGCGGGGCAGCAGCUGGGCGACGGCAGCAUUAACGUCGGGCUGUGGCGGGCGCGGCCGGAGGGGUGGGAGCAGCAGGUUGACUACGCACUGGCGGACCCGCUGGCUGUGCGCGCGGCGCAGAUGCGCGAGUUUGGUGAUUAUGCCCCAGAGCUGGUGGAAUUUAUCGCUCACGCCGGAGAGGACUCGCCCGUGGCAUCUCGCUCCUUCUACACCCUGCCCGUCGGCUUCCGCUGGGACCACCGGCCGGGGCUGACGCUCGUGGGCGACGCGGCCCACGUCAUCUGCCCUUUUACCGGGGAAGGGGUUAACCAGGCGCUUACGGAUGUGUUGCAGUUGGCGCAGGCGUUGGGGGCGCUGGUCCGCCCCUCCGACUUGGACUCUGCACUGCUCAAGUAUGAGACGGAGCUGUUUGCCCGUGCAGUCGUGUUCCAGAAGCGGGCGGAGGAUGUUGCGCAGAUGAUGUUCUUCACGGAGGGCUCGCCGGCCACGACUAUUGAGCGAUACACCAUGCAGAAUAUGCAGAACUCCAUGUCCCCCGGGGCUUACAAGGCGUUCUAUCCUUUGCUGCUUACGGGGGUCUACGGGUAUUUCUUCUGGCAUAAACGGUUACAUAAGUAGGCGCAGGGCCAUCCAUGAUGUAUUUAGACAAUCCAUGUUUUAGUGUCAAAGAUCUAUAUAACGAGUUAGAUAGAUUGAAAGAACUUUUUGAAAGUUCUGUCGAGCGAGACAAGAUACACGUCAUGAGGUGAAGCUUGCUGUCAG